CUCCCUGGACCCAAGAGAUUGGCAGCCAAGAAGUAGGCUCCUGGGGCUCCUGAGGGAGAGGGCUUCCUCCCACUCCCUUCUGUCUGGAAUAGAGUGGGUCUGCUCUGGUGCCGAGGGGAAAGGGGAUUUGUUUCUCUAGGGACCCAGGUCUGGAGGAGGGCCAGGGGGUCUGGACCGCAUUGGGAGAUAGGGAAUCCCACUUGCCUGGCCCAGCCCAGCUUGGCCCCUCAUCCCACCCAUUGCUUCCCUGAAGCGUUCUGCUCCAGUUCAGGGCAGGAGGCCAGGCCAGGUGAAAGGUGUAGAGCUUGGACCUGGGCCCUGACUAGAGGUGCCUCCCUGCCUGCUUGACUUCCUGCCAGAGGGCUGCUCUCUCCGGCUCCUCCACUCCUUUUAAAUAACUAGGGAAUAGAGAGAAGGGGUCCAAUCUGGGAAAGGAUAGGGGGACAGGCACAGGGACUCUGAAUCCACAGAGGCUGGAUGAGAAGACCUGACCCCUGAAGUGGGGUGGGUGUUCCUGGAGUCGGGCCCACAUCAGGGGAGGGGAGGGGAGUGUCCCUUUCUUGUUCCAGGAGGGCAGGUGGGCAGGAAUCCGAUGCAGGGAACUUUGUCUGGCUUUUUCUUUGCCUUCCUUUUAUCAGUGAAAAUAACAAUAACGAUAAGAGUAGCUAUUGUUUCCCGAAAACAUAUAGAUGUGCCUGGCACUGCGUGUGCUAGGGCCUAAACACACAUCAUCCCAUGUGAUAGGCUCUUGAAGAAGUUACUGUCUCCAUUUUACAGUUGUGGAAUCUAAGGCUCAGAGAGGUUAAGCCAUUUGCCCAGGGUCACCCAGCCUGCAAGGGAGGGUGAGCCAGGUGGAAAUCAUGGCCUAAUGGAUCUUAUUUCACAGCCGGUGGUGUCCCCAGGCUGCUGACCAUUCUGUAGGGGGAAACAGCUGUCCCACCUCUUCCCCUGCUGAGAAUCCCUGCUCCUUCUCAUCCCGGGGAGGGACAGAGGCUCAGCAAAUAAAGGCCACAAGACAGGGGAGGUGAGUGGGCAGAGAGGGAAGUGGCCCCUACUCCAGGACGUGAGUAGUGAGGCCUGGCCGGGGAAGGCCUGCCCUGCACGUGGGCGGGGGAGCAGACGCAGUGACUCUGAUGAGCUCACCCCAGCAGAUGGUCUCCAGCAGGAUGGACAAAGGACCAAAAGUGAGGUGAAUUGAGCCAAGGCGAGCUGUCGCAGGAUGAGAGGAAUAGGGGGAAGCUGCCCCCAAGAACCGAGUGAAGAGCUGAGACUUGGGGAUCCCGAUCCAGGGCUGCUGACUCAUCCAGGGGUGAACGUGAUGCUGAGGAAGAUCGCCGUGGCUGCAGCAUCCAAGCCAGCAGUGGAGAUCAAACAGGAGGGAGACACUUUCUACAUCAAAACCUCUACCACCGUGCGUACCACAGAGAUCAACUUCAACAUUGGAGAAGAGUUUGAGGAGCAGACUGUGGACGGGAGACCCUGUAAGAGCCUGGUAAAAUGGGAGAGUGAGAACAAAAUGGUCUGCGAGCAGAGGCUUUUGAAGGGAGAGGGUCCCAAGACCUCCUGGACCAGAGAACUGACCAAUGAUGGAGAGCUGAUCCUGACCAUGACGGCGGACGACAUCGUGUGCACCAGGGUCUACGUCCGAGAGUGAGUGGCUGUGGCCCAAGAGCCGCCAGAGCCUGCCACCAGCCCAUGCUCCCUGCUUCACUGCCUCAUGGGCUGCCCCUCCCCCAUUCCUUCCUUCUAGGCUAGCUCUCCCCUCACCCCAGUCACUUCUGGGGGUGCUAGGAUGCCUCCUGCAGGGGCUCUGCUUUUUUUGGCCCCUCCUCUCCUCCCAUACACCAACAAAGUGGGAUGGAUGGCAGGACCCCAGAUCAUCCGUUCCAGAAUCACUCCCCCCAUCCCAAGUCAGCAGUCCCAGCCCCAACCAGCCCAGAGCACCGUCUCUCUCUUUUUCUGCAAGGGGACCUGAGGGCCCGACUGGGAAGACCGGCCCUCUGUCUUCCACUCUUUGUCCCUGUAGCCCAUACAGUGUAGAAUAUUUAUUGGUUAAUUUUAUUAAAAUGUUUUAGAAAAUAAA